AUGCCAACGGAUAAAAAGCGAGCAGCACGGGCCUGCGACGAAUGCCGGCGCUUGAAGGAGAAGUGUGAAGGUGGAAUUCCCUGCAGUAGAUGCUCCCACUCUCAUCGCUCCUGUGAGUUCAAGAAUCGCGCAUCAAGGGUGCGCGAAUUCCGUGCCUACAUUCCUAGAACCAGAUCUCCUGCCGUAGGAGCAGAUAUCCGAGAGCUGGCUGAGCGCUCAAGGUAUAUGGAGUGUAUAUUAAAACACACGGUGCAGGGAAUCUCCCUUGAUACGGACAAUCUCUCUCAAAUGGCAAAUGCCCUCGCGUCAGACCAAGAGCGCCACAGAGAACUGCCGGUGGAACACGGAGAUGUCGAUGGUCUCUCCAUAGAUGACGAAGCUUGUACAAUCGACCCGGUUGAAGAUACCACUACUCACUAUUCUGGAGAAUUCUCAUAUUGGAACUUUUCCAUGCGCAUUAAACACCAAAUUGAACAUCAAACCCGGCACUCAGUUGCUCAGCAAACUCCUAAUUCUGAUCAACGUGUCUUUGAGUAUUGGCGAGCGCAACAACUACGUUCUGGCCAGAGUCAUUUAUCCGCGGCGGUCUCCUCCUGUCCUCCACGACAAAUAGCCAGAUUUCUGGCUAAUAUCUUUUUCAAGUAUGCUGAAACACAUUACUUCUUUGUCCGGAAGAGGUGGUUCCUCGACAACCUCGAUGUGCUUUAUCACGACCCUAGCAGCUUUGGUAAGAAGGGUGCCGCUGUCAUAAGCAUCCUGCUUACAAUAUUCGCGAUCGGGACGCAGUAUGCGUACCUGGACUCGCCCAGUCGCGAUACAGCGAAGGAUGGAGACUUCUCGGAAGAUGACAUCGGUGCCACCUUCUAUCAGAGUGCGGUCCGACUGUUGCCUGAAAUUAUUGAAUCGUCUUGUUUAGAAAGCGUUCAGGCAUGCUUACUCUUUGGGUUUUACUCGUUGCCCAUUGAUGCAUCCGGCCUCGGAUAUGUCUAUAUCAAUCUCGCCGUGCGACUCGCUAUGCAGAAUGGUAUGCACCGAAAGUGUACAAGUGACGCGUUCAACCCAGAUAUGAUUGAGACGCGGAAUCGUGUUUGGUGGACUGCCUACUCGCUUGAAAGAAAAAUAUCCAUUUUCCACGGACGACCGCUGUCUGUCCUGCGAUCAGAUGUCGACACAGAUGUACCGGAGUAUCGCGAGGGGAUGCACGCCGAAGAUCCCCUGUGGAAUGUUGCACGCGCUGUGACAUCCAUCCAACUUAUCCAUUUUCUCGAGGACUUCUUCCACGAACUAUCGCUCCUGCGUCAUUGCGAAAAGAAAACAAUCCCAAAUAUCUUGGCUCGUUUGCGGGACAAAAAAUGCGCCAUGACUGAUUGGUGGAAUUCAAUACCAGAAGAUGUACUUGGUUAUUCAAGUCAGCCACAGAAUCUAAACCGCGCUGCAAUGCAUCUGCGACUGGAGUAUUGCCUGGUCAAUAUGUUUAUCGGACGGCCGUUUCUUCUGAGAGACCAGGCCUCACAAUCCCCCCGAAGCUCUCCAGCUGGGCCAGAAUUUACGAACGCGGCACACGAUAAUAGCGAGGGCUCGAGCCCGAGGCAGACUUCUAGUACACAGGGUCUCGUCAUAUGCUGCAUACAGGCAGCAACGGAGGUGAUUCGGCUCUGUCAAAUACUGCGAGACCAUGGAUCAGGUCUCGCUAGAGCUUCGUACAUUGAAUACAGUUCCUGUCGAGCCUCGUUGUUAGUGUUGAUUGCCUACUCGAUCCAGAACCGCUCGGGAGAGUAUCAUAAAACAUUACAAGACGGGCUGGACAUGAUCCGUGAAAUGGCGGCUUCUGGGGAUUCGGCUCGAUCGGAAGUGGCGUUGAUUGAGGCGUUGGAACAAGCACUCGCUCGUUUGCAUUCCGAGACAGAAGAUACACAGCCGAACGAUGGCCCCUCAGAGACAAUAUCAGCGAUGUCAGACUAUGAUGCAUUCAAGCAAUGGGGGUCAUCCUGGAGGGGUGGUGGAGCUAUGAACAUGUGCGACAAUGUUUCUAUUCCUGCGAACACUGCUGGAGCAUCAGCUGGCUCUGCACUGCCGCCUAUAAACUUUGAUCCCACCUCAGUUAGUUAUAUGGAGCCUCCGAAUCUCAGCGCAUCGUCCAAUGAGUCCCGUAGAGAUAUGCAGAUGGACGCCCUCAAUGCCUGGGAUCCGGUCAACGAAUUGUCCAUUUUUGGGGCUGGCAAUCUAGCGCUAUCCUCGGCAUGGCCGACACAGACGGAAACGCAAGUGCUUGAGCAAUUUCUUGCCGUGCCCGAGGCUGGCAUAGUGCCUCGUCCUGAAGCCGAUGGCCCCAGUGGCUUUGUACAAAUGUUUCCCUACCGUGCGUCCCACGACGCCAGGACCUCCCGACGUUGA